AUGAAAAUGACGAGUCAAAAACAACACCUUCCUUCUUUUGCUACCACCAUCUCUGCGUUAGGCAUUCUUCUGUAUUGCAUUGGGUUUCUAAGAGUUGAAUUAGAGUUGAACAAUCAGAAGAAAAGAUUAAACGCGCUUGAAAACAACCCGGAGACAAAACCACGAUACAGCGAUUCGAACAUCGUCAAAAUCAUCAAGGAUGCUCGUGGUAUGUACACAGUUUGUUUUUCUUGUUUUACGCUUCAUUUUAACAUAGUUUAGAAUUUCAUGAACUCUGAAAUGUCUCUUACCAUCCUGAAAAGAACAUUCUACGAUGAUUAAUUUUGCCUACUUAACCUGUAUUCGCUCGCGAUUGAGUGUUCCUGUACAGGUCGCCCAAGCUAACAAUCAGAGCCCUGAGCAACACUACGUACCCUACAUACUCGCUAAUUUAUUAUUCAUACAGUAGCGAUUAUUAAAGCGUUGUUUGCUCAAUAAAUAUUGAGCGAAAUGUGCAUGAAAGUUCCCUUUUAAGUUUUCUUCUGUUUAUUUGUGUGUGGAGUGCGUUUCACGCCUCUUAGGUACGUUCAAUUACCUUUUUCUUGAGCGACUGAUUUUCACCCAGAUGAGCAAAGAGAAAAGAGAUGGGAAGAUUGCUUGGGGCUUUGAUAGUUAGCUUCCGUGGUUUUGCUGUGUUUACUGUUGGAAAAGAAACUAAAGGUUACACCGAGGUUCAUUCGUUUUCUUUUUGGCAACAGGUCGUACGUGACUGAUUUUUCCAUGCUUGAUAAAUAACUGGUAAAAGAAAUCAUGGUCUUGAAAUGUAAUUUUUGCUUCAUUUGUUUCCUCAUUAUUACAGCUUGAUACUGAGCGAACAAUUGAAUGAAAAAAUUCUUAUUUGUAUUAGCAGAAUUUUACACCUAUGAACAUCAUCGAACCAGAAGACAAGCGAAUUCAGCUAAUAAUACCAGGAAAGCUAAAACAACAGCCACCAUGAUUAAAGAAAUUCACGAACUUUUAUCAGAGAGAAGACCGGGACUUUGCAAAUCACCAAAUGACGCGUGUCUUUCGGGUCCCCCAGGCCCUCCUGGUCAACCAGGGCCGAGAGGAGAGAAGGGAGACCGGGGACGAAAAGGGAAGAAGGGGACACGAGGAUCACCAGGAAAAAGCGGUAAGCAAGGCAUCAUGGGACCUGUAGGGCCUAAAGGUGACCUAGGACUUAAAGGCCAAAAAGGAGAUACAGGACCCGCUGGCAUGCCGGGAACGAAUGGAGAGCCUGGUGAAUCAAUUUCAGUUCCUGUUGUUGCUGUUUCCCCUUCAAACCUGACGGUAAACGAAAGUGGAACAGCUUCGUUUCAGUGUUCAGUGAGUGGUAAUCCUGAGCCCGCAGUAGUGUGGAGUAAAAGGGGCAACCUUUCUGAAGUAAGCAGGACAGCGGUUUCAGGAGGGAGACUACUUUUAAAGAAUGUAAACGCAAGUGACUCGGGUGAAUACUAAUGCUCAGCAACAAGCAUCUUAGGACACGCGCAAACGCUGGCGCAGCUUGUUGUAAAUGGUGAGUUUUUAUAAGAAAUAUUGUUUAUUUCUAAUUUUCACGGCAAAAGAUAUCGCUUACACUGAUCACGACAUUUACUUUUGUUAAUGGACGCGAAGUCCUGUUUGCUUCUUUCUAACUUUCAAUUCGAGUAACAUGUUUUAUAAACGACUGAAUCAUUGGACGAUGCAAUUCUAGAGCUCUGAUUGACUUAGCCAUCAUGGCAUAUGAGUAUAUGAGCCAUAAUACCAUGCUCUCCAAAUGUGGUAACUGUACACGUCUGCUCAAAAUUAAAGACAAACCAAAAAUCGGUUGUAUUUACAAAUAAAGCUGGGAAAAAUUCUCGAUAUUUUGUGGAAGUUUUUAAUAAAACAAUUAUCUCACUCGCUCUUAUUGGAUAUGAGAUGAUUAUAGUCAACUCGGCGCCUUGCGCCUCGUUGGUAAUCUACCAUCUCAUAUCCAACGCGCACUUGUGGAAUAAUUGUUAAUUAUUAUUCAUUCAAAAUAUUUCCCCGUUUCUGAUUGGUUAAAAUCACACGCAUAAUUCACCAUAACCAGCUACCGUUGACCAAAUUUGGAAAGAAUUUUGUCAUAGUGAACCAAUGACGUCAAAAGUGCAGCCAAGUUGCAGAUUACUAAACCGUUAACAGAGAAACAUUUUACUCGUUUCACGGCGAAAUAUUGUCUAAAAACAUGGCAAGAACAGCAAGAAGACAACUAGAUGCGCGAUGGACGACAUCUGGUAUUUGGAGUAUUUUUGCUGACCUGAACAGAACUUUAUCUCCUUAACUUUCCGAUAAAGAUGCACCACUGAUAUGAAUUUAACAUCGACCGAUGUUAGCAUGUGCUAGCUUGUUUUUAAACUUGGAAUUAUUUUAAAGGAAUAAUGAAACAAUUAUUAAAUUCGGCUUUCGUAGGAUAUGAAGAAUUCUGCAGAUCUCGGAGGGUGUUAUACACCUCGGCCGAUAACACCCUCCUCGAUCUGCGAAUUCUUACUAGUUUAGAUGCUCCACGACUGAGCUACUGAAAAAUGAAAAAAUAGAGCGAAAGUGCUUUUGGGCCACCCCUCUAAAUUCGACCUACAUAAUUGGACGUUCAAACGUAGUAACACUAUACCAACCACUUGAAAAUCAGGCUUUUCAUUGAACAAACAAUAAAAAGCCACCGUUAUGUUUUUUCAUUGCAUUCUUUCAGUUCAUCCUCGAGUUUUUCUCCAUCCGGGGCCCCAUUACUCCAUUGAAGGCAGCAACUUUACUCUUCCCCGCUGUCACGUGACUGGUUACCCGCCACCAGUGGUCAAUUGGAGAAAGGCAUCCGGCCAGUUGCCCCAUGAGAGGGUGAAGUAUAACAACAGUAGCUUACAACUUUUAAAUGCUCGAAAAAUAGAUUCUGACUGGUACAUCUGUUCAGCAACAAACCUACUUGGAACUACGGAAAAGAAAGUACUCGUAGUGAUUGUUUCUCAUCCUCGAUUUACUGUUAAGCCACCUGUGAGCAUUUUUGCGGUGGUUGGAGACAUCUUGACACUUAAUUGUAGCGCAACUGGUGACCCUCAACCAGUUAUUAGGUGGAGGAAACAAGGAGGUCAUCUGCCAGUUGGAAGGAACCAGCAGAUUAAUGGUGCGUUAGUGAUUAGAGACAUUAAAAAGAACGACACAGGCUAUUACACAUGUACCGCAACCAGCGCUGGGGUGUUUGAUGUGGAAACUAUGACUCACAUUCAAGUUUAUCCACCAAGAGGUCAGUUAUAGGUAAAGCUUAAAGAGCGUAACUUAUAAAAGUGUAACGGCCAAUACUAUUGUGUUAAAAUAAGCAGAACUACGACUGUGACCGUGGUUCCCCGCUUGAAUUUUGAAGAGACACUACAAAGAAAGAUGAAGGUUAUUACCUCGGGGGAAGGGGGUACCCUUGGGAUGUGCCCCCCGGUUCUCUAAAUACUGACCCUAUUUCAGACCAAAAUGUUAUUUUGCACACCCGUUUUCAGACCUGGCCUCUAAAAUCCAUAUCCGUUUUUAGACCUGGAGGUGAUCACAAAACACAACAUUACAUGUUUACAUAAAAAACAAAUUAUGUCAUCAUUGGUGAGCCAAUUCGCAACAAAAAGAUCAAAUUCGCGUAUUACUCUUUCUUUCUUAUUCAUUUGGAAUUGAAACGACGAACACAUUGACACACAACCGUCAGAACCGUAGUUCCUUCGUAAACCAAACCCGAUUCCAGACGAAAAUGGGCAAAAUCUAUACCCGUUUUCAGACCAAAACGGUUCAAAAACCCUACCCUUUGGGGCGGCACAUACUUAUAUGGCUUAUAUAAGGGAGAACCCCCCCCCCCCCCCCCCCGAGAUAAAAACAUAUGUACCGCAACCAGCGUAGAGACUAUGACUCUCGUUUAAUAUUAUCAAAAGGUCAGUCAUAUCAGCUUAUUAGCGGGGCCAAAAAAGUAUGACCAUAUUUCUCCUUUACUAAAAGAAAUAAAUUGGCUUCCAGAAGAAAAAGUGCCACUCUGGUAAUUAAAUGUAUCGCGGGCUCAGCACCGGAUUAUCUUGCGUCUAAAUUUACUAAACGAUUUAACAUCAUGGGCCAGAAACUAGACAUUCACAAUCGCUACAUAUUCCCUUAUUUAAAUCGCCGAGUGGCCAGAGAAGCUUCUAUUACAGAACAGCGAAGAUAUGGAAGCAAGAGAGGAUAUAGGGGACAGAGAAGGCAUCCCCCAUACACACCCUAUUCCACAGGUAAUUCGUCUCGAGUUAUUUUUAAGACCAUAGAUCCCAAGGGGGAUUAGAAAACAGCCAAUCACAUAGCACGAAUGUGUUCCGCGUGGAUGACUCACGCUCAGAGACACAGACAAAAAUGGCGAAAAAACGCGGAGAGCGAUAUUGCUAUUUGUUUUGUCGACGAAACGACUAAAGAGAGAUUUCUGCUAAAGCUGUGUCAGCGAAACAGAAAUUAAAAAAGAAUCGCCCUUCCUCUCUUGUAUAGAGCUAACAGUACAGCAGGGAAAUCCUUAACACACUGAAUAUUCUCUCAGGAUCAUUUAUAAUUUACAGCUUGAAGAGAGCAAUUUCUGGUUUGAUAUUUAUUCUUUUAUUAGUCUUUUAUUAUUCAACAAAAUAACACUUGGCGUCCUACCUACUUUAUUAUACAAACGACCGCUUCCAAUAGACCGGCGAAAUUUCUCAUUUAUUAAAGCACUAAGGUUACGACAACUUCACUGGUUGUCAAAGAGUCAAGCGAUUCCCUUUUCCCAGGUGAGCGCCGACUCAUUUCGCUUCAAUAUUCAGAAAUGCUCUCGAUCUCUUUACGCUUUCAUUGCCUUUCGCCCGACAUGUUUUGCACGGCGCUUAGUCAUGCGAAACCUCCUCGAAAUAUCCACGCAGCGCGCGAGGUAACCUUAUCCCGAUUCUAAAAAUAACUCGAGACGAAUUAGCUAUGGAAUAGGGUGUGUAUGGGGGAUGCCUUCUCUGUCGACUUUAUCCUCUCUUGUAUGGAAG